AUGAGCGCCAUUCUUUCUGCCGAUGACUUGAACGACUUCAUUUCUCCCGGAUUGGCAUGUAUCAAACCCGUCGAGACUUUGCCUCAGAACAGUACAACCAGCACCGAGAAUGCCUACGAAGUGACGACAGAAGACAAAAUUCAGCCCGAAAAUCAAGCGCCGACACAGAUCUCGCUCACAGAUUGCCUCGCCUGUUCAGGUUGCGUUACUUCUGCCGAAGCGGUGUUGAUUUCCUUACAAUCUCAUGCGGAGGUUUUGAAUACGCUAGACGCUCAUCGACCACCUCCAUUGAUAGUCGCGGAAGAUGGAAAUGUUAGUGUCUCUCGCAAGGUCGAACCUGAUGAAAAGAUAUUCGUUGCGAGUGUCAGUCCGCAGGUUAGGGCUAGUCUAGCUGCAACAUACGGUAUCUCCGAGCGCAAGGCUGGAUAUAUGAUUGAUCAACUUCUUAGUGGGCCACAAGGUCUGCGUGGUGGAGGAAAACACGGAAAUGGGUUUACAUGGGUUAUUGAUACUGAUGUCCUACGACAAAUGGUCCUUACUCUUGCUGCUCAAGAGGUUACAGAAACCCUACAGACAUCUUUUACAAAAAGUGGAAGCGGAAAAUAUACGAGCCCCAAGAAGCCCAUAUUAUCAUCUGCCUGCCCUGGGUGGAUUUGUUACGCUGAAAAAACACAUCCACAUGUCUUGCCGCAUCUCUCACGUUUGAAAUCACCUCAAGCGUUAUCUGGGACUUUAGUCAAAUCUAUAUUAAGACGCAAUUUGGGUAUCGCUCCGUCUCAGAUCUGGCAUCUAGCAGUCAUGCCUUGCUUUGAUAAGAAGCUAGAGGCUAGCCGCGAAGAAUUGACGGAUGCGGCAUGGAACACUGGUUCCAAUCAUCCUGUACGAGAUGUCGACUGUGUUAUUACCUCGCGCGAACUUUUGAUGCUGGCAUCAUCGCGGAAUAUAUCAUUACCAUCACUACCCCUAAAGUCCCUGUCUCCAACAUACGCUCCUCGUUUCCCGGAUUCUACUCUUGACUCAUUCCUGUUUUCUCGCUCCCAAACUUCCAAACAAAGCUCGGCCUACGGAACUUCGGGGGGUUACCUCUAUUACAUAUUAUCGUCGCACCAAGAAAAACACCCCGGCAGCCGCAUCGCAGUUCAACGAGGACGAAACUCUGAUGUCAUUGAAUACUCUCUGUUGUCGGAUUCGAACGAAACGAUCAUGAAAGCAGCUCGCUAUUACGGGUUUCGCAAUAUCCAGAAUCUCGUUCGCAAGAUGAAGCCAGCGCGUGCUUCACGCUUACCCGGUGCAAAUAGACGUGGAGCUGCUGGCUCUGGUGCCAGCUCGUCUGGACUUGAUUACGCAUUUGUGGAGGUCAUGGCGUGCCCCGGUGGCUGCACCAAUGGAGGUGGACAGAUUCGCCUCGAUGAUGCUCGAGAAGCAAAUGCUAGCUUACAUAGCACCACUUCCAAUGAUCCGGCUAUUACAACACAGAAACACACUACCCAUGAGCAGCGUGAGUGGCUUUCACGGGUGGACGAAGCCUACUUCUCCGCGGAGUCAGAUUCCGAAAACGAGGCCAAUGCAGCAGCAGCAGCAGCAGAUAACUCGUUGUGUGACAUGGAAUUGAGAACUCAGAGUAUUCUUCAGCAUUGGACGAAGUUGACCGAAGUACGGUUAGAAGAUCUUGUCUAUACGACAUUCCGGAAAGUCGAAAGCGACGUGGGUAAAGACAAAAAUGUCAACGAUACUACACGAGUUGCUGAACUUGCCGGAAAGAUAGGAGGAGGAUGGUAG